CUCUGUGACGUCCCCGCAGACUGUCUAAAACCUGGACGUAGUCUCUGUGUCAAACAAAUGCAUGAAUGAGCUUUUAUUUUGAAACGUGCCCCGGAAGUUGUGGCUGUUAUUGUGUCGUGGUGUUUCCGCAGGGAGUCACAGUGUCUCUGUCUCUGUCUCUGUCUGUCUGUCUCUGUCUCUGUCUCUGUCUCUCUGAACAUGUCCAGACUUCACAGUCUCAGGCUGUUCGUCGGUCAGCGGCUCUCCGCCGCCGUCGAUGAGAUCUUCGGGCAUUUUGAACGAACCAUCUCGGAGUACGAGCAGGAGAUGGACCGCCGGCACCGGGACCUGCUGGACGAGGUGUUACCGCCCGAGGCGAAGCUCCGCCGGGCAGGGUUUCCUGUCGACGUCCAACAAGUGUUUGUGAGUUUCAAAGAGGUUCGGCCUGAGCAGCAGGAGUGGAGCUCCAGUCUGGACCAGGGUGACCCAACAGAACCGACCCACAUUAAAGAGGAAGAGGAGGAGGAACUCUGGACCAGCAGAGAGCAGCUUCAAGGUGUGGACGAGGUGAAGGAGGAGGAUGGAGAGAAACCUCGGGUGGAAACAGAAGCUGAUGGAGAGGACAGUGAAGGACCAGAACCAGACAGAACCUCAGAUCCAGAACCAGACAGAACUUCAGAUCCAGAACCAGACAGAUCCUCAAAUCCGAAUCAUUAUUUCCAAACAGUUAGUGGCAGCAAAGUUUCAAAGUGUUCUGAGACUGAAGUCAGUGAUGAUGAUUGUAAGUCGGGCCCUGUGAGUGACGUGAACUGUAACGCCGUGAAGAAGUCGUUCACGUGUUGUGAGUGUGGCAGGAAGUUUGGUCGUAAGGACAGUCUGCGGCGUCACAUGAGGUUUCACACGGGAGAGAAACCGUACAGCUGCUCCGUGUGCGGGAAAAGGUUUUCUCAGAGGCCGAACUUGAUCCGACACAUGAGGUGUCACUCCGGAGAAAAACCGUUCAGCUGUUCGUUUUGUGACGCCAGCUUCGCCGUGCGCAGCGCUCUGGUGAAUCACAUGAGGAUCCACACCGGAGAGAAACCGUUCAGCUGCCUGUACUGCGACAAAAGCUUCACACAGAAGGGCGGACUGAAGAAACACAUGACGGUGCACACAGGGGAGAAACCGUACAGCUGCCCCGUGUGUGAUAAAAGUUUCUCUCAGAAGGCGAACCUGACGUAUCACUUCUCCGUGCACACGGGACACAAACAGUUCAGCUGCAGCGUCUGUGACAAAAGAUUCACGUGGCAGUCGCAGGUCAAAAGUCACAAGUGUGUCGGCGAGAACAGCAGCGCCUGAAAGUCUGAACAGUCUGAAGAGUCCACGUCUGUCCUGUUAGGACAGGAAGUCUAACAAACACUGAGAGGACAGUCCACAGCUGUCCUCUGAAUGCUAGUUUCAAUAAAAUAUAAAUUCAAACAAA